UAUGGCCCCAUCCCCACGAGCCACGACGGACGGGACGAGCGGCGGGCGGGCCGGACGGACGCCGUGUCGGCGUACUGUGGGCGCGCGUCCUCGGUCCUCGGCGAUCGACGGAGGCGCGCGCCCAUGCAUCGAACGAACCCCAUGCAUGGAGAUGGCGGCACAGGACCUCACCAGUAACCCCACCGACCUUUGUCUGUGUCCGUCCGUCUGUCCCUUCCGUUCACAGUUCACCCUUUUCUCUCGAAGACGACGGGGCGACCCAUCAUCGGUCGUGCCCUGCACGGCCGCUCCCCCGUCCCGAUCCCGAUACAGAGCACCGAACGUUUCCUUCUGCUGUCGAGACGGUACGGCAUUUGUCCAUGGGCCCUGCACGAUCGAUCGGUCGGUCGGCACUAGAGAUGGCCAAACGGGCCGCCCGGCCCGGCUCGGCCCGGGCCCGGUGAAGCCCGGCCAAAAACCGGGCCGGGCCUGCUGAGACAGCGGGCUUAAUUUUCUGUCCAAGCUCGGCCCGCAGUGGGUCUAAAUGGGCCGGCCCGGCCCGUUUAGCACGAAAAAACGGGCCAAAAAGCGGACUAAACGGGCCGGUAAGCACGUUUUAGUGUAAAAAAACGGGCUUGACGGGCUUAGAGGUAAACGGGCCGUGCCUAGUUUCCUGUCCAAACCCGCCCGCUUAUUCUACCGUGCCGGGCUCGGACCGGGCCCAAAAAGCAGGCUUCGUGCCGGGCUCACGGGCCUCGUGCUUUUUUGCCAUCUAUAGUCGGCACUUACUUUCCAGCUGAGCGUGUUCGAGACCUGUGCAUAUAUAUAUAUACUAGUCGGUUGGCCGUGCGUUGCGACGACUUACAACAAUACCCAUGUUAACUAUCUAUAAAAAAAAUCAAAAUUUUUAUUGAUUAUCUUCGCUCUCCAUAUAAUAUUUUUUUAUUUGGCU